AUGCUGGCUCCGUUCGAAUACUUUCAGCAGCGUCGAAUAAGAAACUUCAAGAGAGAGCAGCGCGCACAGCGCAUAGCCAGUCUCCCGUCAGUCUACCACUCCGCCUUCUCCGCUUUUGACAAGUCCGUCAUCGACAGGCCAAUUGAGGAGCUGGUCCAGGAUGUGCAAAAGGGCGUCAUCUCGCCUCUGCAACUCUUGCACACUUACGGCAAGGUAGCAGUGAAGGCUCAUGAGAAGACAAACUGCAUAACGGAGCUGCUGCUUCCUGAGGCGGAGGAAUGGGCUAAAUCGGAAAUAAAUACCAAGGGGCCUCUGGCGGGCAUCCCUGUCUCGUUGAAGGAUACGUUGCAGGUUAAAGGCUUUGACAUCAGUUUGGGAUAUGCGAGUCUUGCGAAGAAGCCAUAUAAGGAAGAUGGCGGAGUUGUGAGGUUGUUGAAGGAUGCUGGCGCAAUUCCAUAUGCAAAGACCAAUUUGCCUGUUACAUUAUUGUCCUUUGAAUCUAGCAAUCCCCUCUGGGGCCCGUGUCUGAACCCACAUGUCCCGCAGUAUUCCCCUGGCGGCUCCACAGGAGGUGAAGCGGCCCUUCUUGCAUCUGGUGGGCGGAUUGGCAUUGGCUCCGAUGUUGCUGGAUCUGUUCGUGUUCCUGCAGCUUGGAGCGGUGUAUACUCCCUUCGUUGCAGCACUGGAAGAUGGCCAAAAGCUGGCAUGAACACAAGCAUGGCAGGACAAGAAGGCGUGCCAAGUGUUUUCAGUCCAAUGGCACGAACCUUGAAUGAUUUGACGUAUUUCACCCGCGCAAUUAUAGGCAUGCAACCCUGGAAGUACGAUCACUCGGUUCAUCCGAUUUCAUGGAGAUCGGAGCAGGAGGAGGAAGUGAAAUCAAAGAAAUUGAGGAUUGGAGAGUUUGUCCCACCCACACCGGCAAUUGACCACGCCCUUGGCACCACAGCCUCCGCCCUCUCCGCUGCCGGCCACACCCUCAUCAACAUCACCCCACCUCCAACCGCCAGCCCUCUCAUCGGCCUCCGCCUCGCCUCCCUCCUCCUCAACUCCGAUGGCUGCGCCACCUUCAACUCCCACUUCUUAGCUGGUGAAUCCAGCGACCCCGGCGCAGCCCAACUGACCAAAUACGCCAAGCUCCCCCGACCCCUCCGGUACCUCUACUAUCUCUAUGUUCGCUACAUCAAGCGCGACAGCACCUGGGCAUACCUGCUCAAAGACUUCGGCCCCAAAUCCAGCACCGAGCAAUGGAAGCUAGUUUCGCAGCGCGAAGCCUUCCGCGCAACCUGGCAUAGCUGGUGGAGCUCGCCGGAACAAGGGUACGACUUCAUCCUGUGUCCUGUCAACGCGACGCCGGCGCUGCCGCACGGCGCGAUGAAAGAUGCCGUGUCCAGCUGCGGCUACACGUUUCUGUGGAACUUGCUUGAUUACUCUUGCGGCGUGCUGCCGGUGGGUCGUGUGGAUGCGAUUGUGGAUGCGAUUGAUCGUUCGCCGACGAAGAGUGCGCGAGAGAAGAAGAAUGCAUAUAAGAGGGUGCUGAGGGAAUCUGGGGCGGAUAAUGCGGUUGCGAUGGGGGCGUGGAAGUAUUAUGAUUCGGAGAAGAUGCAUGGGUUGCCGACUGCGGUGCAGAUUGUGGGUAGGAGGUGGGAGGAGGAGAGGGUUUUGGGGUUCAUGGAGGUGGUGGAGAGGGCGUUGGAAGGGUAUAGGGGUCCUGACGGGGAAGGGGGGAAGUAUCGGAUGUUGGAGAUUGAUUGA